UUUAGUACAAUCAAAAAUUUCAGUGCGCAGUAAUUGGGUCAUUUACCCCUAUAGGGUAUAGUUAUAUUUUACUGUUUACGUUUACAUACUACACCCACGCAAGACGCAACAUGUAAGGAAAAGGCAUACUUAUUUUAUAUCAUUGUAUUUCGGAGCCAUACUGCCAUAGUCAGUCAGUGAGUCACCUAUACAGUGUCACUAUACAGCUGAUAAAAAAUGGGUCUCUUUGGCAAAUCCCACGAGAAGAAUCCCAAAGAAAUGGUAAACGAGUGGUCACACAAACUUCGCAAAGAAGGUUAUCAAAUUGACAGACAGGUUAGAGCGAUCCAAAGAGAAGAGGAUAAAGUUAAGCGCUCUCUUAAAGAUGCAGCCAAAAAGGGAGACAAGGAUGUGUGCAAAGUUCUGGCCAAAGAAGUCAUACGAGCCAGACAGGCCUGUAACAAAUUACACACAUCCAAGGCACACCUGAACUCUGUGACGCUGCAAAUGAAGAAUCAGUUGGCAACGAUAAGAGUUGCAGGCUCUGUAUCCAAAUCCACAGAGGUCAUGCAGGCCAUGCAGGCGCUGAUUAAGGUGCCAGAGGUGGCUGCUACCAUGAGGGAGCUCUCCAAAGAGAUGAUGAAGGCUGGCAUCAUUGAGGAAAUGAUGGAUGAAACUCUUGAUUCUAUUGAGGAUUCCGAAGAGCUAGAGGAUGCUGCUGAUGAAGAGGUUGACAAGAUUCUUUGGGAGGUGACUGCCGGACAGAUGGGCAAAGCACCAGAUGUGGUCACAGAAACUCCUGGAGCAUCCACAUCUAAAGAGGAUGAAGUUGAGGAGGUCAGUGAUGAUAAGGAACUGGAAGAGAUGAAGAAUAGGUUACAAAGUCUACGCAGCUAAAUUUUGAGCACAUUGAUUGAGUUUUCAAAUUUCUUGUCACAACAAAAAAGGCAUUAUUACCUUAUGAUGACCAUCUGAAAUGGUGCAGCUGUGUAGUGAUAGAUUUAUUAUUCACUCUUAAGUAUUAAAUGCAACUAUUGAUAAAAUAAUCAAAUCUCAACUGUGCUACAAGUGAGAUGCUUUCCCUUUUUUACGUUGAUUCUGUGAUUACAAGUUUCCUAUCCAUUGGAAGAAACAGUGCACAAAAUUUAUAUGGAAUUAAUAAUAUGCAAAUGGUAAAGCAUGAUUACCAGUUUUAUAAAAAAUUUUGAAUUUUAUAAUCCAAAGACCAAUGAAGCAGUUGUUUCUGAAUACGUGGAUAGAUCGAAUUAAUAGCUUGCGGUACUUUUAUAAUCAGUGAGAAAAAGUCAAUGUCACAGCUUUUGUAUACGUGUAUGUACUUUGCAGAAAACAUAUUCUGUAUUAGUUUGUUGAGUUCAGCUCAAAUGUAAAUAUUGUAUGUAAAUAGGCUCAAGUAGUACGUAAAAUGAAUUUAAUUAUAUCAAUCCUGUAAUUUGAAUUAUUAAGUUAAUUAUUCAAUAACACGAUAACAAAUUCAUUUGUUUGAAACAGCAUUUGUAAAAAAAUUUUCUAUAAUUGAUCACAAAAAAA